UGGGGUUUUGGGGGGAUCAGAUCCCUGAGCACCCCCCUGGCCCCGAGGGAUCCCUGGAGAGCGGGGAGAUGCUCAGGGAGGGGGUUAAGGAUGGGAAUUAAGGAAGGGUUUAAGGAUGGGAAUUAAGGAUGGGGUUAAGGAUGGUUUUAACCCCCUGCUCCCCGCGGGGUCCCCGCAGCACCACCAGCGCUCCCGCUCCUGCUUUCCCCCCUCUCCCUUUGCCGUGUUUAGUUAAAUUUCCCCCGCCUUACUUGAUGUCACAUCCUGUUCCACAGCCAUCCCCUGCUAGUAGCCAGCCCUACCAAUUCCUUUCUUUUUUCUUUUUUUUUUUUUUUUUUUUUAAAUCCCUUGUCCUCUCCCCAUCACCCCCCUUUUCCAGGCAAACUUUUGGCAAUAGCAGAGAUAAUCACUGCGUGCUCCGCUGAAUUUCUCUUCGCAAAUGUCUUUGGAGCAGGGGAGCCAUUAAAAAAAAAAAAAAAUUAAAUAAAUUACAAGACAGCCAGCACCGAGAGCAGAGGAGAGAAACUGGGAUCCCAAUAAAUAUGCAAAGUGAAGGCUCUGCUGAGCAGAUUUCUGGCAUCGCUUCCCGAGGGUGCUGAGAACCACCCGCAAAAUCAGGCUGGGGUGGUUUUGUUUUUUUUUUUUUUGUUGUUUGUUUGUUUAUUUUGUUUUUUGUAGAUUUUAUUUCCCCAUAUCCUUUUGUUGCCUGUUUAUUUUUUUUUCUCUAAUAUAAAUUAAAAUAUUACUAAGAAUAAAGGAGUGAGGAGGCAGCGAGGCUCGGGGACGGCGCAGGGGAGGCUCGCCCGGAGCUGAUCUGUAUGCGAGCUACCUAGAACGGGGUGCGAGAGAUGCAACCGGCAAGCAAGCUGCUGACCCUCUUCUUCCUCAUCCUGAUGGGCACAGAACUCACCCAAGUGUUGCCUACCAACCCAGAGGAAAGCUGGCAGGUCUACAGCUCUGCCCAGGACAGCGAGGGACGUUGUAUAUGCACAGUGGUGGCACCUCAGCAGACGAUGUGCUCGCGUGAUGCCAGGACAAAGCAGCUGAGACAACUCCUAGAAAAGGUGCAAAACAUGUCCCAGUCGAUAGAGGUGUUGGACAGGAGGACUCAGAGAGACCUACAGUACGUGGAGAAGAUGGAAAACCAGAUGAGGGGACUGGAAUCCAAAUUUAAGCAAGUGGAAGAAAGCCACAAGCAGCACCUGGCAAGGCAGUUUAAGGCAAUAAAAGCGAAAAUGGAGGAACUUAGGCCUUUGAUACCAGUGUUGGAAGAGUACAAAGCCGAUGCCAAAUUGGUAUUGCAGUUUAAAGAGGAGGUCCAGAAUCUGACGUCAGUUCUAAACGAACUCCAGGAGGAGAUUGGCGCCUAUGACUACGAAGAGCUUCAGAACAGAGUGUCAAAUCUUGAAGAAAGGCUUCGUGCAUGCAUGCAAAAAUUAGCCUGUGGGAAGCUGACGGGAAUAAGUGACCCGAUCACAAUUAAAACCUCGGGGUCCCGCUUUGGAUCGUGGAUGACGGAUCCUCUGGCUCCUGAGGGAGAAAACAAGGUUUGGUACAUGGACAGCUACCACAACAACCGCUUCGUCCGCGAGUACAAAUCCAUGGCGGAUUUCAUGAACACCGACAACUUCACCUCCCACCGCCUCCCCCACCCGUGGUCGGGCACGGGCCAGGUGGUCUACAACGGCUCCAUUUACUUCAACAAAUACCAAAGCCACAUCAUCAUCAGGUUCGACUUGAAAACGGAGACCAUCCUCAAGACGCGCAGCCUGGACUACGCCGGCUACAACAACAUGUACCACUACGCCUGGGGCGGCCACUCGGACAUCGACCUCAUGGUGGAUGAGAACGGGCUCUGGGCCGUCUACGCCACCAACCAGAACGCCGGCAACAUCGUCAUCAGCAAGCUGGACCCCAACACCCUGCAGAGCCUGCAGACGUGGAACACCAGCUACCCGAAACGCAGCGCCGGCGAGGCCUUCAUCAUCUGCGGCACCCUCUACGUCACCAACGGCUACUCGGGCGGCACCAAGGUGCACUACGCCUACCAGACCAACGCCUCCACCUACGAGUACAUCGACAUUCCCUUCCAGAACAAGUAUUCCCACAUCUCUAUGUUGGACUACAACCCCAAGGAUCGGGCUCUCUACGCCUGGAACAACGGGCACCAAAUCCUGUACAACGUCACCCUCUUCCACGUCAUCCGCUCCGAUGAGUUGUAGCCCGGCUUUGGUUAGAAACUUGGGUUUAGAGGGGAAACAAACAAAUAAAUCGAUGUGAAAAUUUAAAAAUAUAUAAAUAAGAAAAAGGAAAAAAAGGGAGAAAUUAAUUUAAAAAAAAAAAACGCUAAUAAGGAAACAUACUUUAAAUAAGUUAACAUAUAAACAGCUGCCAAAAUUAAGACCAACGUCAUGGAGGAUUAUUCAGCAUAAACCUGACAGAUCAGCAUUACCUCUACAUUUCUAGAAGUCUGGCCCUGUGUUAUAGACUCACGAGUGACCGUGUACUUGCAGCUGGAACUGCAUUCAGAGAACCACUUCAGUUUGGGGUUUUGUUUUGUUUCUGUUCCGAUAGCAAACCUAGAGAACAUCCUCAAGCAGUAAGGCAAUGACUGUUGGAAGUUCACCCUCGGGAGCCUCGCUCUCCUCCAUGUGUGGGUUGCAUGGACAU